CACGUUUGGGGUUUACAAAACAAAUAAAAGAAAGCCAUAAUUGCAGUUAAUGUGCAUCAUUCACGGCCCAUCUCCCGAAACCAACAAAGCAAAGCAACCUAACUUCUCUUCUCUUCUCUUCUGGUCUCUCUCUAUUUCCAUUGGCACAGCACAGAGAGAAAAAAGAGGCGGAACACAAGAAAACAGGAGUUGUUUGAAGAGAGAGAGAGAGAGAGAGCAGCGAAAAUUACGAAGAGAAGAACGGGCAAUGCUGAACGAGAAAUCUGGUGAGUUUGAAUCAAAAUCGAAGAGGAGUGUAUAUGGGGAGUGGAGGUGGAGCACUCGUGGAUGUGCUUCGUCGCUGGUUUCAACGUCGCUCUUCUUCUAGUAGUAAUAAUAAUAAUAAUAAUAAUAAUACAACCAAUAUUAUUAUUGCUGAUCACAACAAUAAUAUAACUUCUUCUCAUAACAACAACAACAAAAACAGCAAUAAUAAUAAGAAGAAGAAGCAGCACAAUAAAAAUAAUAAUAAUAAUAAUGAAAGUGGUGUUGGCCACGUCUCUUGUGUUAGCGAAGUUCGCGCCCAAUCGUCCAUAAUUUGUAAGAGCAAGAGGGAGCAACUAAAACAACAACACCAAGAACAAGAACAAGGCAUAGAGGGAUUGAAGCUUAUUAAAGUUCCAAAUUGGUCCAAUUUCAAAUCUACCAACAUCAACAUGGAUUCAAACAAAAAGGGUGGGUUAGAAACAGAAUUCUUCACAGAGUAUGGAGAGGCAAGCCGAUACCAAGUUCAAGAAGUUAUCGGGAAGGGAAGUUAUGGUGUUGUCGGUUCUGCAAUUGACAGCCAUACUGGAGAAAGGGUUGCAAUUAAGAAAAUUAAUGAUGUUUUUGAACAUGUUUCUGAUGCCACAAGGAUUCUGAGAGAAAUUAAGCUCCUUCGAUUGCUUCGUCAUCCAGAUAUUGUAGAAAUAAAACAUAUUAUGCUUCCUCCUUCACGGCGGGAAUUUAGAGAUAUCUAUGUCGUUUUUGAGUUGAUGGAAUCUGAUCUUCACCAAGUAAUUAAAGCUAAUGAUGAUCUUACUCCUGAGCAUUAUCAGUUUUUCUUAUACCAGCUUCUUCGUGGUCUGAAGUAUAUACAUACAGCAAAUGUAUUUCAUAGAGAUUUAAAGCCAAAAAAUAUUCUUGCUAAUGCUGACUGCAAAUUAAAGAUAUGUGAUUUUGGGCUUGCUCGUGUAUCUUUCAAUGAUGCCCCAUCAGCAAUUUUCUGGACUGACUAUGUUGCAACUCGAUGGUAUCGUGCUCCUGAACUCUGUGGCUCUUUUUUCUCGAAAUACACCCCUGCAAUCGAUAUUUGGAGUAUAGGAUGCAUAUUUGCAGAAAUGCUUACAGGAAAACCAUUGUUUCCUGGAAAAAAUGUGGUGCACCAAUUAGAUCUCAUGACUGAUUUGCUUGGCACUCCUGCUGCUGAAUCUAUUGCAAGGAUACGAAAUGAAAAGGCAAGAAGGUAUCUUGCUAGCAUGCGGAGAAAACAACCAGUUCCUUUAACACAAAAGUUCCCUAAUGCAGAUCCAUUGGCUCUUCGCUUACUAGAGCGCCUAGUUGCUUUUGAUCCUAAAGACCGUCCGACAGCUGAAGAGGCAUUGGCUGAUCCUUACUUUCAAGGUUUGUCUAAUGUGGAUCGUGAACCAUCCACUCAACCCAUAUCAAAACUUGAGUUUGAGUUUGAGAGGAGGAAAUUGGCAAAAGACGAUGUUAGAGAGUUAAUCUAUAGAGAGAUUUUAGAGUAUCAUCCCCAGAUGCUGCAGGAGUAUCUUCGAGGUGGAGAUCAGACUAGCUUUAUGUACCCAAGUGGUGUAGAUCGAUUCAAACGACAGUUUGCACAUCUUGAGGAGCAUUAUGGUAAAGGAGAAAAAAGCAGUCCACUCCAGAGGCAGCAUGCUUCCUUACCUAGGGAGCGGGUUAAUGUACCCAAGGAAGAGACUGCUGACCAAAAUGGUGAAUUUGAAGGGCGAACUGCAGCUGCUGUUGCUACAGGUCUCCAGAGUUCUCCAACGGAGCUGCAAUCUAAUAAUUUGGAAACUGCUAACUCAGAGUCAGAAAAUGGAUUUAACAAGCCAAACUACAGUGCUCGUAGCCUGUUGAAGAGUGCUAGUAUUAGUGGUUCUAAGUGUAUUGAAGUGAAACCUACAAAAGAUUUGGAGCAGGAAGAAGCAAUUCCUGAGGCCAAUGAUGAGGCACUUGAUGGCUUAUCACAUAAGGUUGCAGCCCUACACGCUUGAUUCAAUACUUCUGAUCUAUUUUAGGAAGAGUUUCAGAAGGUGGUGUUUUGUGCUCUGCCCAUAUUUUCCCCAUGAUAUGGUUAAAGGGUACCACAUUGAAGAUUCUCAAGUUUUUUCAGGUAGAAGCUAACAAUAGGAUUGCGUCAUAACCGUGUUACUACAGUACAGGGAAGAGUUGCUCUCUUGUAAUUAAACUCUUAUUUGUAUUUGGAAGAAACCACAACAAUUUCCAUUAUGUACUGUGAUACGCAGGGAGAAAAAAAAUGUUGGUUUGAAGAAAAAGGUAUCUGUAUUUUGUUUUCAUAUCAGUGAGAUUUAUAAUCACUUUUUCAUGAUUGGUGAUAAAUUGGCUACUAAUGACAACCUAAGAGCAACCAAUACUUGUAUGAUUUAUUAUAUAGAAAAGAUAAUCCCGUGACCCAUCUUUAUGU